UUAAUAUAUCCUAAUAAAUAAAUAAAUAAAUAAAUAAUAAAAAUAAUAAAGUUUAAAAAGUGGUGAUUUAAUAAUUAAAUAAAAAAUAAAAUACAAAAGAUAAUAAAAUGAAAACAUACAGCAGAAAGAAGGGUGAUAGCCCAAGUAAUGUUAUUAUUCACGUAAACGAGCUGUGCCGACUGUGCUUGGCCAAAGAGGAAGAGAUGGUGCCGAUUUACGAUGAUGACGCCGUUCCUAUGCCACUCCGUAUUAUGGCUUGUAUAAAUCUUGAGGUUUAUGAAGAAGACGGCCUGCCAAACAUGAUUUGCCACCCGUGCAAAUACCAACUGGAAAAGUCCUACCAGUUCAAAAAAAAAUGCGAAGCAGCUGACACAAAACUGCGCAAGCAUAUGAAAUUGAUCCAAAAAUUAACAGGCUCGGAGGAUGAAUUAGAGGCCCAGGAAAGAGUAGAAGACUCAGUAGGAGACAUAGGCUCAGGAAAGUCGCGGCAAGUUAAGCAACUUCUCGCGGACUUGGUAUCAACCAAGGGAGACGUGACGGAGAUCGACGGUGACCCGAUAGAAGUAACAGAAGAGGAGUUAGUAGGAGGCUACAUCUUGGGAAUGGGCGCUGAAAAUAUGGAGGCCGAGGAAAGCAUCUCUGAGGGUCCGUCGAACAUCACCCUGGUGCCCUCGGAAGAGAAAGCCGCCAAGGCUCGGUGUACUAUUCGCGCGACUCGCAUCAAGCAAGAGCACGAGUCCGAUGAAGAAGCUGAUGAGGUCCAACGAGCCAUUGCUAACGCUGACAGGAAGAAUGUUUAUAUGAUGGAGGUGACCAGUCACAGCGCUGGACAGACUGAGUCCAUGAAGCUGCAGCCUGUUGAAGAGUCUAUGGUCGACGCAAAUGAAGAAUUGAAGGUCUUCAAGUGCGACAAGUGCCCCAAAGCAUUUACUAGAAGAAUAAUGCUCAAGAGCCAUCAAUCUGUUCACUCUACUCAGAGAGGAUUCACCUGCCAAGCUUGCGAAAAAUGGUUCCCUACUCGGUCUGCGCUGAUUAGACAUGAGCGCACGCAUACUGGUGAGAAGCCUUUCGGGUGCAAUAUUUGUCAUCGUGCUUUUGCCCAAAAAGAAAUUUUGCUCCGGCACUUGAUGACCCACUCGGGACAAAAACCCUUCCAGUGUCAGGACUGCGACAAGAGCUUCACUCAACGUGAGGCCUUGAGAGUUCACAUGCGUCGUCACCAAAAACUUGACCCCAAUGACAUUCAAUUGCACCACUGUCAACUUUGUCCGAAAGCCUUCUGCCAUGCCUCUGGUCUCAGUCGGCACUUGGUCACUCACACUGGAAGAACUUACAAGUGUGUUGAAUGCGAAAAAUCUUUCACUGACAAAAGCUCACUGUUGAGACACAGUCGUAUUCAUGCGCCCAAAAAAAUGUAAUAUUUUCACUAAUAUAAUAUAAUAUAAUAUUGAACAUAA